AUGAAUUCUUCAAUGAUCACAAAUCCAUUAGAUAAAAAGGAAUUUCAUACAACAUCAACCAACGAUUCUUGUCAAGAUUCAAAUGCUGAUGUCUGUAUUAAACUCGUUCCAUCGGAAAAUCUUGAUAAUACGCAGACAAUUACUAUUGAUUCAUUAUCGAAUAAUAAUGAUUUAACUGUUACACCAGCAUUUCCAAAUUUUCCAACAGAUAAAGAAGUUAUUAUCCAGCCAGAAUCAACUAUACAUCUAGAGUCAUCUAAUGAUGCUUCAGUACAAGACAUCAAUUCCGUCUCAUCACCAAUAACCACUCCUCGUCAAUCACAACAAACGCUUCAAAUGCUUGAUGAACUAAAAUAUUUACUUAAACCAACAAAUUCAUUAUCUAGUCCACAAGAAGUUGUAAAAGAAUCGCAAGAAGCAGAUUCAGCUAUAAAACGUCGAGCAACUCAAUUUGAUGAGGGUAUAUUGAAUGAUACUGAAAGACUAUUAUAUGAAGAUUUAACACUAAGAGAAGCUAAAUCACUUGGUGCUGCAGCACGUCGUUCAAUUGCAGCACGUGGUUCAAUUGGAGCACGUGGUCAACGUUUAUCGACCGUAUCACAUUUUUCUGAACGAACUCGUUUUCCUUCUCAAGUAUCAACAACUAUCCGAAUUAAUCAACCGGAACAUCGUACUUUUCUUGAUCAUCUUUCAGGUUUAACUUGGGCAUUUCUUGCAACUUAUGCUUUUAGUCUUAUUUUAUUUCUAACUAAAUUUUGUGAAAUUGAUCUUAUUUUUGGUUUUUUUCUACAAAUGUUUGUUCAAGUAAUAGCAUUUGGUAUCUAUGCUUUCUAUAAAGACUAUAAUCUAUUAGAAUCAAAUGGACAUCCAAUUGCAUUGAUUUGUCGUGCUUUAUUAAUUGGUAUUGGUACACUUACUUCAUUUCUUGCUUAUUAUUAUAUAAUAUUACCUAAUCUUUCGGCUAUUCGACAAACUCAAGUCAUGUUUACUAUAAUUCUUUCAAUAUUUCUUCUUCAUGGACGUAUUACUAUAUCACGUAUUAUUGGUUGUAUUUUGAUGAUUAUUGCUAUCAUACUAUUUAUUCGACCAAAUAUAUUUGGAAUAUCAUUAUCUUCAUUAUUUAAUUUAACUGAUGAUAAAACUUCUUGGACUCCAUAUUCAUCAUCAUGGAAUUCUAUUAUUGGUAUUAGUUUUGCUCUUUGUACGGCAAUUCUUUAUAGUAUUGCAUCAAUAAUAAAUAAAAUUUAUUUUAAUACUCAACAAUUACAUAAUACUGUUUUAUGUUUUUGGUCAGCAUUAUCAGCAUUAGUUAUAUCAAGUAUUCUUGUAUAUAUUACUCAUUUUGUUAUAAAUGAUCGACGAUCAUUUCCUCAUGAUUGGAGAUUAUUUGUUGGUAUUGCACUUGCAUUAGCAUCAAUUUUUGUUUUUAUUGCUAAUCAAAAAGCUAUUAAACGUGAACGUUCUUCAAUAGUAACAAUAAUCUAUUCAACAGAUAUUAUACUUGCGUUAAUCUUACAAAAUAUAUUCACACAUAUUAAAAGUGAUUUACUCGCUAUUUGUGGUUGUAUAUUGGUCUUGGUAGCUGUUUUGAUAAUUUGUAUUGAAGUGUUAUUAGUAGGAAAGCCUAAAGAUAAAUUGACAAUUAAAGCAACACAAAUAAUGAAUACAAAUGAAGACGAUAAUAAUUUACAAACGCCACCAAUUUUAAUCACACGACAAAAACGUUUAUCUAUCUAA